AUGCAUCGAUUCAAGAUGGAAGUCCUUACAGCCGUUGCUGCAUGGGCAAUCACCUCAGCAUGCCUGAACGUUCCUGUCGCUCGUCAACUGCUCGGGGGCAUCUGCGCGAGAGAUACGGCUGAGCUCGGUGAUAGGCUCUCAGCUACUGCAAAGAUCUACCAACCGGGCACUGCCGAAUUUACCAACGCAUCUAUCCGGUGGUCGAACCUUGAUGCACCUAAGCCCAAUCUCGUAGUGAUUCCUGGAACUGAGAACGAUGUUGCAGAGACUGUCAAAUUCGCCAACGAGAAGAGCAUGCCCUUCCUUGCAUACAAUGGCGUGCAUGGCGCUAUCACCACUCUGGGCAAGAUGGACAGCGGUAUCGAAAUCUACUUGUCCCAGCUGAGUGGUGUCGAGGUUGCUGCAGACGGGAAUACCGCCAAGAUUGGUGGUGGUACCGGGUCCAAGCUCGUCACCGACACGCUGUGGAAGGCCGGCAAGCAGACUGUAACGGGAACUUGCGAGUGCGUCAGCACGCUCGGACCUGCUCUCGGAGGAGGCCAUGGAUGGCUUCAGGGCCACCAUGGCCUGGUCGCCGAUCAGUUUGUUUCUAUGAACAUUGUGCUGGCCGAUGGCACCUUGCAGACCAUCAAUGAGACCUCGGACCUCUGGUGGGCUGUCAAGGGCGCGGGUCACAACUUUGGUAUCGUGACCUCUCUUAACGUCAAGGUCUAUGACAUCGAACAUAGCGACUGGGCGGUGGAGACUUUUAUCUUCAGCGGCGAGAAGGUUGAGGAAGUCUAUCAAGCUGCCAAUGAGCACCUCCUUAAGAAUGGUACACAGGCCGCAGAAGUCAUCAACUGGUCCUACUGGCUCAGAAACCCAGAUGCGGACCCAGUGAAUCCCAUCAUUCUUUUCUGGGUCAUCCAGGAGGGCGUCACCACCGUCGACUCCAAUUACACUCAGCCUUUCCGGGAUAUCGGCCCCAUCUCUGCCACUCCAGCUUCGGGAACCUACCUUGACCUAGCCACGUGGACUGGCAUUGCUCUUGACUCCAUCCCGUGCCAGAAGGCUGGCUUGAACAACCCUCGCUUCCCGAUUUAUGUCGAGUCAUACAACAUCGAGGCUCAACGCAAGGCUUACGAUCUCUUUGCUUCUUCUAUCAGCGGCAACUCACCCUUCAACAACUCUCUCUUCAUGUUCGAGGGUUACUCCAACGAAGGUGUCAAGGCCAUUGCAAGCGACUCAACUGCAUUCGCCUAUCGUAGCGAUAAUCUUCUCUUCGCGCCUCUCAUCACCUACUCCCCCAACGGCACUGAGCUUGACCAGAAGGCCGCCACGCUCGGCAACCAGCUCCGUGACAUCAUCCAUGAAGGAAGUGGCCGCACUGAGCAGCACGUCUACCUGAACUACGCCUUUGGUGAUGAGGGUCCUAAAGAGUGGUAUGGUAGCGAACAAUGGAGACAGGAUCGCCUUAAGUCUCUGAAGACCAAGUAUGACCCGAACGGCAAGUUCAGCUUCUACGGCCCCAUUGCAUAG